CCCUUGUUGUCAUUUCUCAAUUUAAAAACAUAUAUAUAUGUAUGAACAAAUAUCAUAUUCUGAAAGGCGUCCCGAUCUCAUGCACGUGAAGACCGCGGAUAAACAUACCAGGUACUGUCACUAUUCUACUCAAAGAUAAUCGAAACCUGUUAUCAUUUUUCAUUCUGUUUUGCUUAUCGUUGCCAGCUGUUUAUUGUGCUCUUUAUUUCGUCUUUCUUAAAGAAAAAAAUUUCUUUUCCUCUUUUUUAUUAUUCAUUCAAUGAAAAUUUGACUAGGGAAUAGUAUUACAAAAUAUUGGUAACUAUGAACGAAGCUGUUAUCUCCAGCUAUGAGACCUUCUAUAGUGGUCCUGGUUUGCCAUCAGACUUGUCAGCGGAAAUGGCGGCCGCAACUUUGGUGCAUGCUUCGACUGAGGCAGAUUAUCAUAAAACAACAUCGCAGCCAUCACAACACGAAACUCCACGCCGCUAUCAUCAUUCUACUACAUACAACAAUUCUUUUAUGACCACGGGUGAUGUUACGGCGCAAACGACUUAUUCUGCGCCAAUCGGUUUCAGUUGCAAUAACAAUAACGGUGUUUCCACUAAUGGUGUUUCCAGUAAUGGUGUUGGCAGAAAUGGUUUUACACAAAUUCCAUUCGUACAAAUCCAUACCACAGACGUGCAGCCGCAGAGUGCAAAUAAUAAUGCACGAUUUCGACGCAAUGCCUCCAGUAAUCAUGAAGAGAUAAAGGCAGAGCCAAUUAAGUCGGAAAACGCUGAUGGUGCCAAAGAGCGGAUAAAUGCAACACCCACACCUCCAGAAUCAGCACAACAGCGCAGUGAAAAUAAUGCAGCUAAAAACUUGAUCCAAGCUGAAAAGGACGUUUGCCAGAAAAAUGUAAUUUCCAACAAGGACUGCAGCAACGAAAACGCAUUUGGGUCGAAUAAUGAUAGUUCAGCUGGAUUGGAGAAUAUUACAUUUACACAUCUUGCUAUUCACCGAUGUCAACAUUGUGCGUUUAUAAGUUUAAGUGAAAGUGGUUUACAGCUUCACGUUAAAGCAAUGCAUCAGGAAAAUAUGCAUUUGUGUGAAAGUGCAACAAAACAAAAAUCAGUUCAGUGCCCAGGUUGUGAGAACGUGUUUUUCGCUUUGGUUUCUUUAGAAAUUCACUUGAGGGAAGACCAUUUAAUGUUGGAGCAGGAUGUAAUUGAACUAAUGCAGGCUAUUAAAAAAAAUAUUUCAAAUCCACAACAUUCAAAUGCAACAAAUAACGUAAAUAACUCGGAUGAAAUUAUCCCCAAUGUCAAUUCAAUGAACGGAACGCAGCGACGUAGUAGAAUUUACUUGAAAAAUGUUGAAUGUUUGCGAGAACCACAUCGAGAUCCUAUCGAGCAACAAGAUAACCUUAUUAGUGAUAGUCUCUUUCACUUUGACAACGAUGAUAGCAAUACCUUGGCAAAUAUUGGUAGCAUUAGUAUGGAAGAUCAGGACAUUAUAGGUAUACUCACCAGUGGCGAACAAAAUCUUCACAGCAAAAGCAAUAAUAUUGACAAUAUUGCUAAUGAAGCAAUAACAGCACCCGUUGAAGUAAAUAAUCCAGUGAAUCCACCUAAACAAAAGAUUUCUAUUAAAAGUGUCGACGUGUUGCGCGAACCUGCGCUAAUGCGACGUGAUUAUGAGAUGCAAGCAUUUGACGAUUUCAAUAACAUUUGUAGCGUUUUGAAUUUACAUGAUGCCGGUAACAUCUGUGAAGAAAAUGAUGGAGAAGCCGAUGACAACGAUGUACAAUAUAGUAAUUAUGCAAUGACCUCGAAUAGGGAACCACUGGUAGGCAGCACUAACGAAGCUGACAUCACUAAUUUUACAAGUUGCUACGAAAAACCUAGGAAACCUAAAAUUUAUAUUAAAAAUGUAGACAUCCUUAAAGAGCCUAUGACAUUCUCUAACAGUAUAAAUGUGCCUAACGUUACGGAGUCCAAUAGCAAUGUGAUGAAUUUCAAUUUUAUGCAACCUUCGCUACCACAAAUCGCUACCUCCUACCUUGAAAAUGUGGAAAGCUUAAACCCUACGGUGCCGCCAUUUAAUGGUGGAAUGUCUCAACUUCCUCUUGGCACUAUAUCUGAUCAAUAUCUCUUUGAUAAUGGGGGCGGCAACUUUUUGGUUAAUACGACAACAGCUACCUCUGCUGACACAUUCACUUAUGGAAACGAAGCGAACUCGGACAACUUUUUAAUGGAAUCCAGUCGUUAUGUGGAUACGAUAACUCCAAUUAUGAUUGAACCUACGCCGCCACCUCAGCAAAUGGACAUAAUUAACGAACAUAUAAACACUUUUGCGAAAGAUGUCCAACCAGCUACACAGACUGCAACGCCGACCAAUAUUCCAAAACAGAAAAUUUUUAUUAAAAAUGUUGACAUUUUGAAAGAACCACAGUUCCAGGAGCCGCGCGGCUUGCUACACCUGCGCACAGUCGAUGAAUUGAAUCUAAUGAAUAGAAAAGAAGUUGAAAAUCUCAUAGCGCCUAAUUUAGAGGGCAAUCAGUCUAGCUUGGGUGAAGAGGACAUCAGCGACAAUUUCACGCAAUUGAACAAUGGGAGUGGUGAAACGUCUGCGGUUGAACAGUGCACCGACAGCAAUGCAAUCGAGGCUAUAUCAUAUGGAUGCGAAGGUUUUAAGCUGAACGAAUUUUCCACACAAAACAGUUGGCAUGAUGACUACGAUCUGGGUGAUGAUAUCCGGGAAAUAAUAACUAGCACUAUGACACCAAGUAUACCAACAUCGCAAAAGAUAAUACAUGAUUUGGAUACACCGCAAGUUUCACUCAUUUCAAUACCAGAUAUGGAAGAGCUCACCGGGACAAACGUUGGGAUCAAUAUCAGUACAAUGACACAAGCAACAGAGGAAGAUAUUGCAUUGCCAGCAAGUGUGAUACAGCCACAAGACAACGCACACUUCUCAUUCGAAUGUGAAAUCGCCGAAACUGAUGAUGCUUUAUCAGCAUCAAUUUGUGACGUUGAUAAUAAUCCAGUGGACACCAACGCAGUUUGUCAUGAUACUUUGCCCCAGGCGCGGAAAGCGCCUGUAACAAUGGAUGUAGAUCAGUUAGCAGGCGCUACAGAAGAUUUGAAACAGGAACGCUUAAAUCAAGCCACGCCUGGUGCACAAACUACAACAGCGCUGCCUCAAAAAAGUAACACAGCAACAAACUUUUCUGACAUUCCACCACUCACUCCAAUGAGCUCUGUAACAUAUAACUUAAAUAAUACCGUAAAUACAGCAACAACCAUUGCCAACCAACCAACUGGUUUACCAGUACCGCCACUUGUGCCAAUGUUACCGCCGAUUCAGUUGCCAAAACCUGUCGCCGCUUUCAGUGCAACUAGCACAGUAACAGCGCAUGCGGAACGUGGUCGCAUCUAUGUCGCAAAUAAUCUAAUGCAAACACCUAGCGCCAAUUUGUUGUUGCAGAAAUCAACAACCACAACUAAUAAAACAAAAGAGCUAGAAAAACAGCAAACAAAAAAUAAAACGCCAAUUGCUGUUUCGGUCACGGGCGGAACCUCCGUGCGUGGGCGGCCGUUUGGCUCAAAUCGUACAGGCAUAACCAAGAUGCGCAAGCACCCGCAGAACGGAAACGCAGAUGGCGUUUACCUGAAGUGCACAAUAACGGGAUGUGCUUUCCGGUUUAAGAAGUCGAACACUCUCGAAUACCACAUAAAAUGUCAUAGCAGCGAUUCUUCACCAGUGAGCAUGGCAUGUCCAGAAUGCAAAGCGCCUUUCACAAAUUGGAAUUCAUUGCACACACAUCUUUGGCGUACUCAUAAAAUUGACAUGGAGCUAUACAGUUGUGAGUUGUGUAGUUUCAAAACUCCUAUCUAUUCGCGUCUACUAAAUACACAUUCCAAAAUCCACUACGAUGAGCGCAACUACAAGUGUGAUCAGUGUGAAAAGGCCUUUAAGAAUACCAAACAAUUGAAAAAUCAUCGACGUUGGCAUCGCAACCACAACAAAGCAUCCUCCACGAUGACAUUGAAGCCCGAGCGCACUAAGAAAGAUAUUGCAACAAAUGCUGAAAGCAAAGAUCCAGCGACGACAUCGCUUUCAACCACAGUUGCAACAGUAUUUUCAACGUCCGAACGCAAUUUUCAUCGAUGUAAGGACUGUGAUGCAGUCUUUUCGCAUCAGAGAACAUUACGGGAGCAUUUGUGCAAGAAUGGCGCUGCAGCGGUGCAAUGUGAGGUAUGUGAGCGGGUACUCACUUCGCGCUCCUCUUUAAAAUUACACAUGCAGUCACAUGAGCCCUCUAGGCGUUUUAAAUGCAGUAUGUGCGAUUAUUCUUCUAGCGAUCAUAAUGCGUUUCGGCGUCACAAAAUGACGCAUGAUAUGAAUGCAAAAAUGUACUCCUGCGCGCACUGUGACUACAAGUCAAUACAAAGUGUGGCUUACCAGAGACACGUGCAACAAAAGCAUCCACAAGUCGCCGAUUCGAUUGUGUAUAAGUGCAAAAUCUGCACAUUUGCUACCAUAAACAAGGCUAUGUUCGAUGUACAUCAGGUUAAACAUGCAAAUCAGAAUGGUCAAAAAGAAACGUCUGAUAGAGAAGAGCCGUGCAGCAAGAAAAGUACGCAAAAUAAUGUAGGUGAGCUGCCGGCAAAAACUAAAAUAAAAGUUAAGAGUCACUUACUACUGACAACUCCAGCCGAUUCGACAAUGCAAUUCAGCGACUUAUGCUUUGAUGCUGUAACUGUGCCCGCGUAGUCAACGGAGAAGAUUGUUAGGUAAAAAGGGUUUGUGUUGCCAUACAAAUUGAAGUUAAAUAACUUUGGAGCGACGUUUAUUUGAAAAAGUUUUGGUAAUAUUUAGAUU